AUGGGUGUGGGGCUGCAGCCGCUGGAGUUCACCGAGUGUUUGGCGGACAGCCCGCAUUUUCGUGAGAACCUGCAGCGUCACGAGAAAGAGCUCGAGCGCACCAGCCAGCAGAUCAAGCGUCUUAUUAAAGAAGUGAAGGAUGUCGUGCAAGCUGCAAAACGUCUGGGCGCGGCGCAGCUGGCGCUGGCCUCCAGCAUGGAGCAGUUCGAGUUCGCGUGCAUCGGCGCCUCCAUGACGGAGGACGAGCGCGCCAUCGGGCGCUCGCUGCAGCACUUCGCGCACCUCAUCCGCACCGUGGAGGACGAGCGCGAGCGCAUGCUGGGGCGCGCGCACGAGCAAAUCAUUCAACCGUUGGAGCGAUUUCGCAAGGAGCAUAUUGGCGCUGUCAAGGAGGGGAAGAAGAAAUUCGACAAGAAGACUGCAAAGUUUUGCCAGAGCCAGGAGCGUACGCUCUCGCUUUCCACGAAGAAGCCCGAGGCCGUUUUUCAAGAAGCGGACGCCGCUAUGGACAUGGCGGAGCGCGACUUCUGCCAGGCGUCGCUGGAGUACGUGUUCCAGCUGCAGGCGGUGCAGGAGCGCAAGAAGUUCGAGCUGGUGGAGACGCUGCUUGGCUUCGUGUUCGGCUGGUGGACCUUCCACCACACGGCGCACGACGUGCACGCGGACGCCGAGCCGCUCGUCCGAGAUCUACAGCUUCGAAUCCAGCGGACGCGGAGCAACUUCGAGGAGACAAGCAAACAGACGGAAUCGCUCAUGAAGAAAAUGAUGGAAGUACGGCAAAUGAACAAAGAAGAAGAAAUAUCGGACGAUGGCGGUGGUGUAUCGCGAGCUGGUUACCUGUUCCUCAUGGAGAAAAAGGCGUUCGGAACGACGUGGAGCAAGCAGUAUUGCACGUACGAGAAGGAGUCGCGGAUGCUGUCGUUGAUGCCAUACAACCAGAUCAACGUGAAAACGACGGGUCCGUCGGAGUGCGUGUGCGUGUGCGGCGCACGCGCGUGUGUGGAAGCCGAACGGCGCUUCUGCUGGGAAGCCGUGCCCGCCGAGCGCGAGCGAGCGCCGCUGACGCUGCAGGCGCUCGGUGAGCGUGACCGCGCCGCCUGGCUGCGCGCGCUCGAUGCCGCGCCCUCCGCGCCCCCCGCCGCGCGCCGAGCGCUGCAGGGUGACGGAGAACCCCCAUGCGAACUAAACGAGGCGGGCUUUGCCUUUGUGCGUCGCAUCAUUGCCAUCUUAGAAGCGCGAGGACUUGAGGAACAGGGACUGUACAGAGUGGCGGGCGUUUCAUCCAAGGUGGCGCGGCUAGUUAGCAGCGCUGCUUCCACCGGUGGGCUGGGCGAGCUGGCUGAGCCCACGGAGUGCGAGAGCAAGACCCUCACGUCGGCGCUCAAGAGCUUCUUGCGAGCGUUGCCCGAGCCUUUGCUUACACGCAGACUACACGACCAGUUCCUCGCCGCUGCAAAGCUGGAGCGCCGGGCGGAUCGAGUGGCGGCGCUGCACGCGCUGUUGCUGGCGCUGCCGCACGACAACCGCGCUAUGCUGCGUCUCGUGCUGCGGCACCUGCGCAACGUGGCGGCGAAAAGCGACAAGAACCUGAUGACGGCGUCGAACCUGGCCGUGUGCUUCGGACCCACGCUGCUGCGGCCCGAACGCGAGACCGUGGCCUCCAUCCUUGAGCUGAAGUUCUGCAACGUGCUAGUGGAGACGCUGCUCGACCACUUCGAUGCGCUCUUCGAUCCAGUCCCACCCGCCCCGCCCGCUCCACCCGCCGCCCAGCCCGCCCAGCUCGCAGUCCGUCCGCCUAACGGGCUGCUUAGUUCAGGCAAAGAACAUGAACACUACGCGAAGUCAAGAACGUCUCCAACAUCGAUUCCAGUUUCAGCGCGCAGUGAUGUUGUGUCGGGGGCAUCGUAUGCGCCGCACCAGCACUCGCUGCUGCAGCAGUUCGCGCUGCCCGCGCACGCCGCGCUCCCCGCGCACCCCUCCCUCCCCGCGCUCCCGCCGCACUCCGCGCUGCUGGCGCACCGAGGUGGCGUGGGCCGCUGCAGCAGCAGCUCAGAGUCCGUGUCAAGCCACAGCGCGUCCCCGCCUCCGCCCAGGUUCACGCGCGUGCGCACACUAUAUGCUUGCCUGGGUGAGAGUGAAGGCGAACUCUCGUUCGAGCCCAACCAGAUCAUAACCAAUGUGGCGCCCUCUGGUGAGCCGGGCUGGCUUCGAGGGCAGCUAGACGGCCGCUGUGGCCUCGUGCCCGAAAACUACGUGGAGCCGCUGCCUUAG